GUUAAAAUACAACAACAACAACAAUUCUCCAUGUCUGCCCUCAUGGCCUUGGAAGAUUUUGUCGACUCGACCGUGACGCUCUUCAUCCAGUGCAUGGAUGAGCUCGCCAUAUCGCCUCCAGUCCCGCCGUCACAGCUCAAGGACCCGAUCAACAUGGCGGAGUGGUUCCAGUGGUACGCCUUUGACGUGGUAGGCGAGCUGAGCUUCUCGCGCCGUCUCGGUUUCCUCGACAGCAAGUCCGAUGUGGGCAACAUGAAAAAAGUGCUCGACAGCUUCAUCCAGUACGCAUCCACCGUAGCCAUGAUGCCAGAACUGCACAAAUUCCUUCUCGGAAACCCCUUGGUGGCCUACUUCCUGAGCUCUCCGGCGCUUGUCAUCUCGGACGUCACCAAGCAGGAGAUAGACAGGCGUGAAGCGGAUCCAGAUGCAGUGCACGUCGACAUCAUGGAUAAGAUCAUCCAGUCUCAGAAGAGGAUUGGACCUCAGGAGUUUCCGCACAGCGAAAUCUUCCAGCAUGCCGUGGUCAACCUAUCCGGUGGCUCGGACACGACCGGCAUCGCCAUGGACUCCCUGAUUUACCACCUCCUCAAGAACCAGCCGGCCUACGAAAAGCUGCAGGCCGAGAUAGACCAAGCCGCGGUCAAAGGGAACCUAUAGGACCCGCCAAAGUACAGCGAAACAAAUCACCAAGCCAUGCCAUACCUCGCGGCAUGUAUUAAAGAAGCCUUCCGCAUCCACCCACCCGUCACCACCACCCUUCCGCGCC